CGGGACAAAAACACCUUCUUUCUUCAAGGUAGCCUUAUAGUCUAGGGCUUACAAUACUGGUUUAAUGGUGAAGAUAAAAGCCCAUCGUGGUAAAAGAGAUUCAGGGCAGAGGGAAUCUCCACCACAAAGUGUGGUACAAUUUCCCAGAGGAGCCAAAUGGAUGAGAAGCCUUCCACCAGGAAAGUUCCCGAAUUCUGUUCAUUACGCUGUGGACUGGCGCUCAUCAUGCACUUCUCAAACUUCACCAUGAUAACCCAGCGUGUGAGUCUGAGCAUUGCAAUCAUUGCCAUGGUGAAUAGCACUCAGCAGCCUGGUUUAUUCAAUGCUUCCACAGAUAGGCCCCUUGCAUUCACCCUCAAUCACUCCAACAGAUCAACCAAGGAAUUUAAUUCAGGAGCCUCUGUAUAUGAAUGGAGCCCAGAGACUCAGGGUAUCAUCUUUAGCUCCAUCAACUAUGGGAUUAUACUGACUCUGAUCCCCAGUGGCUAUUUAGCGGGAAUAUUUGGAGCAAAGCAGAUGCUUGGUGCUGGUUUGCUGAUCUCCUCCCUUCUCACCCUCUUUACACCACUGGCUGCUGACUUUGGAGUGAUUCUGGUUAUUGGGAUUCGGACAGUCCAGGGCAUGGCCCAGGGAAUGGCAUGGACAGGUCAGUUUACAAUUUGGGCAAAAUGGGCUCCCCCACUUGAACGAAGCAAGCUCACCAGCAUUGCGGGCUCAGGGGCAGCAUUUGGGUCCUUCAUCAUCCUCUGUGUGGGGGGACUAAUCUCACAGGCAUUGGGCUGGCCUUUUAUCUUCUACAUCUUUGGUAGCAUCGGCUGUGUCUGCUGUCUCCUGUGGUUCACAGUGAUUUAUGAUGACCCCAUGCAUCACCCAUGCAUAAGCAUCAGGGAAAAGGAACACAUCGUGUCCUCACUGGCUCAACAGUCCAGUUCUCCUAGACGAUCUGUCCCCAUAAAGGCAAUGGUCAGAUGCCUACCACUUUGGGCCAUUUUCACAGGGUUUUUCAGCCAUUUCUGGCUAUGCACCAUAAUCAUAACUUACCUACCAACGUACAUCAGUUCUGUGCUCCAUGUCAACAUCAGAGAUAGUGGGGUUCUGUCCUCCCUGCCUUUUAUUGCUGCCUCAAGUUGUACGAUUUUAGGAGGGCAGUUGGCAGAUUUCCUCCUGUCCAGGAAUCUUCUCAGAUUAAUCACCGUCCGAAAACUCUUUUCAUCCCUAGGGCUCCUCCUUCCAUCGCUGUGUGCUGUGGCCCUGCCUUUUGUGGCUUCCAGUUACACAACAACCAUUAUUUUGCUGAUACUUAUUCCUGGGACCAGCAACCUGUGUGAUUUGGGGUUCAUCAUCAACACCUUAGAUGUUGCCCCCAGGAUUCUGUGUCUGGGUGGAGGAAUGUCUUUUUUCUUGCUGCUGCUGUCAACAUGUUUGGCCUGGUUUUUUAUCUCACAUUUGGACAAGCAGAAAUCCAGCAUUGGGCCAAAGAGAGGACUCUCACCCGUCUCUGAGAAUAUAGUUGCAAACUUAAAUGUAGUACUGACCAUUAACUUUUUCAACAUUUUUUACUUAUCAUCAUUCUUUCUUCAUAUUCUUGGCCAUAGACUCAGCAGUUCUCAUUUUUGGUUGUGUGUUAGAUUUCCCUGGGGAGUCUCUAAAACAUACAGAUGAAUAGGCUCUGCUCCAGAAAUUCUGAAUGAAUUGGUCUGGGAUAGAGCCCAGAUCUCACUAAUUUUUAGAUACUCCCCAGGAUUUCUAACAUGCAGCCAGCGUUGACAAAAUGCUAGACAAACUGGAAACAUCAAUUCCUGUUGCCUUUGAAUUUUCCUUUUUGUAAGGAACUAGAUAAAUAAAUAAAAGUCUAUGUGAAAAUAAUCACUGAUAAGCACCUUCGUGGGGGUGACUAUAGACAGAGAUAAUAUCUACUAGAACCAUAGUUGUAUGUUAUAAAGCUCAGUGCAGAACAGAAUUUUAAGACUGUAAUCCACAGAAUUAACAUUUUUAUUGUUUUUAUACAUUGAGAAACAUGGAUGUUUAUUUAUGAGGUUACAUUCUAUUAAAAUUCACAU